CCCAACUGCCGGAUGGCAGUUGCGUAUUCCGCGAAUGUAUGUUCUCACCUAUUAUUUUACUCUAAAUUCCACUCACACCCCCCAAAUGUCCUCACCUUCUCACUUUAACACCCUCGCUUCUCUCUACUCAAGCCUCCUGACAUAUUAUUCUCUCUCCCCUCUCUCUCUCUCUCUCUCCCUCACACACACACACACACACACUCUCGCACAUCUAGCUUCAAUAAACCACCCACCAGUCACCACGACCUAGAAACAGAGUCGAUUGAAUGAUGAUGGACCCGAAGUUCGCUGGAAAGCCCAUUAGGGCUCCAUAUCUAACCGGCCGGACAGACCUCGAUCAGAUGCCGGAUACACCAAACCGUGGGGCCCACCACCGCCGGGCCGUGUCGGAGACCUUCUUCCGAUUCCCGGACGUCGACGAGAUCCUCUUGGAUGACAUGGUCGCCGACUUCAACCUCGACCUUGCCGACACUGAUACACCCAUGAUGACCGCCGAUUCAAGCAAGUCAGCAGACUCAUCCAAUGGCCCAGAUAAGCCCAACAGGCCUGUGGGGUCCGUAUCCCAUUUUCGGAGUCUCUCUGUUGAUGCUGACUUCUUUGAGGGUCUAGGGCUCACUUAUGCCGGCGCCGCCGUGGACGGCGGAGAUGCAGAGAAUCAUGCGGCGGCGGAGAAGGGAACGGUAGGUGGUUCUCAUCACAGGCAUAGUAACUCGAUGGAUGGGUCUAUAAUGGCGUCGUUUGAGGUGGAUAGUGCUAAGAAGGCUAUGGGAGCUGAUAGACUUGCUGAGCUUGCCUUAAUUGAUCCCAAGAGAGCGAAAAGAAUUCUUGCAAAUAGACAAUCUGCAGCGCGUUCGAAGGAACGAAAAAUACGAUACACCAGUGAGCUGGAGAGGAAAGUGCAGACUCUUCAGACAGAAGCAACCACCCUCUCUGCACAGGUCACGAUAUUGCAGAGGGACACUUCUGGAUUGACUGUUGAGAACAAGGAACUCAAACUUCGGUUAGAGGCUAUGGAACAACAAGCACAUCUUCGAGAUGGUAUGUUUUCUGGAAUUUCUCUGAAUGAAGCAUUGAGGGAAGAAGUACAGCGGCUUAAGAUAGCUGCAGGCCAAAUACCAGUUUCCAAUGGAAACAACUACAAUGUGGCAAUGCAGCCUCAAUUUUCCUCCCACCAGCAGACUUUCCAUCAUUUUGGUAACCCCCAGACGCAGCAUCCCCAACAGCAACAGCAGCAGCAGAUGCCUCGUUCAAACUCUAACAACCAGACUCUUUCAGGACAGCCCCAACCUAGCUUCUUGGACUUCAAUAAACGGGCUUGACAACAUCCCCGGGUAUUUGAACUAGACGGUAACUCAUUCGAGAUAGCAUGUGUAUAUGAAUAUGUAUAUGCGUUGCAGAUAAAGGAUGUGAAGGGUGUUACUCUGUUCAGUUCUUUGUGGCAGUGAGGUAUACUAGCUUUGUUACUCGUAGGAUAGAAAUGAUGGUGUAGAACAAUUUAGAUAUUAAAUGGAUGUUAUUUUUAUGUAUUCUUUAAUUUCUAGAGAACAGUUUUAUUAUUGAAAUUGAAUGGUC